CAGCGAUCGCGACCCAGGCAGGCAAGGCGGCAACCCGCAAGGCAGGCCACAGGAAAAUUGUUGAAAGGCACCCUGAUGGCAUGCUGGCCAGGCGCGGCCCGGCGCCCGAUCUGGCAAGUCGCGGCACGGCGGCAAGCGGCGUCGAAGAAGACCUGAGAGAUCUGGCUCUUGGCCUGCUUGGCCUUGCCUGGGCAGCUCCAGCCCUCCAGCCUCAGCCGUUUCGUCGCACGCACGUACGCGUGCACGCUGUCUCAUCAUCAUCAGCACCAACGGCGACAGACAGCUUUCAUCAGGCCCCCCGCAGAAGGAGGGCAAGGCAAGAGCCACGCCCCACACGAACCGCGCUCUCCACGCCCCACGCUCCGCACGAUGCGCGCUGCGCUGCACUAGGGAAAGUGGAAGGGCGCGUCCCCAGGCGCGGCUCGCGCUCAACACACACACUCUCUAACACCCACACACGGUUCCUCCGGCCUCGCAACGCACCGCAACGCAACGCCUUCGUAGCUAGCUACCCUAAACUAACGCCUUGCCCCCCCGACGCCGGGCCUGAGCCUCGCUGUCACGCAAUCACGGCUGCCGAUGAGGCCCGCGCUGGCGCGCCACCGGCUCGUUGGCCUACCUGGGCCAAUUUCCCCGAAACCGGCGAAACUGCAAAAGAAAAAAAAAAAAAAAAAAAAAAAAAAAAAGAAAAAAAAAAAGGCGCCUCUGGGGGGAUGGGGCGGGCGAGGGCGUUGGGUUGCGAUAGGGGUUUUGAGUGGCGGCGCCUCGGAGGGCCAGAUUGUGGGAGGGAUGAAGGGAUCAUGGAUGGAGGAGAGAUAGAGAGAGAGAGAGACAGAGGAGGGUGGUCUAGAACGCUGGCUUGCGUUCCGGCAGGGCGCCUGCAACACCUACUGCAUGUGAUGUGUACUGCUUGCUGUACGGGUACAGACCUGCCCGUUUGAAAGCCAAUGCUGCGAUGGUUGUGGCAGCCAGCCAGCCAGCCCUUCCCCUCCCCCCGUACCCAUUGGCACGCUUCCCCACAGCGGAGACGGCGGGCGUGCGUCCCGGUGCAUACAGCCGCAAAAAGAAAAACUCAAUGGGCGAGCUGUCCACGAGUUCUUCCGUGGGCACACGGGCGCGCCUUCCCGCUUGGGGUAGAUUGGAAGGUGUAUUCUACAAUACCUACCUAGCAUAGCAUAGUAUUGGGGGGGAAGGGAUAUCGCUAUCGCGGGACGGCCAGGUACCAUC